GACUCUCACCAAGGUCUCUGUCUCCUGCAGGUCUUGCAGGUCUACCUGGUCACCAUGGCAACAGACGUGGGCUCACCGCAGCGGUUCUUCCACAUGCCUCGUUUCCAGCACCAGGCUCCACGUCAGGUGUUCUACAAGAGGCCGGACACGGCUCAGCAGCAGGCCAUGCAGCAGCUCACCUUCGAUGGGAAGCGCAUGAGGAAGGCCGUAAACCGCAAGACCAUCGAUUACAACCCCUCUGUCAUCAGAUACCUGGAGAACCGUCUGUGGCAGAGGGACCACAGAGACUUCAGAGCCAUCCAGCCUGACGCAGGCUGUUAUAACGAUCUUGUUCCUCCUCUGGGAAUGCUGAACAACCCCAUGAAUGCUGUCACCACAAAGUUUAUCAGAACUUCAACCAAUAAAGUCAAGUGUCCUGUGUUCGUCAUCAGGGCCCACGACAGUCCGGUCCGGGCAAUGACCUGGUCUCAUAACGACAUGUGGAUGCUGACUGCGGACCACGGCGGCUACGUGAAGUACUGGCAGUCCAACAUGAACAACGUGAAGAUGUUCCAGGCUCACAAGGAGGCCGUUAGAGAAGCCAGCUUCUCUCCAACUGAUAACAAGUUUGCCACCUGCUCAGAUGAUGGGACCGUCCGGAUCUGGGACUUUCUACGCUGCCACGAGGAGAGGAUCCUCAGAGGUCAUGGUGCUGAUGUGAAGUGUGUCGACUGGCAUCCAACCAAAGGUCUGGUGGUGUCAGGCAGCAAAGACAGCCAGCAGCCCAUCAAGUUCUGGGACCCAAAGACCGGACAGAGUCUGGCCACGCUCCACGCCCACAAGAACACCGUGAUGGAGGUGAAGUGGAACCUGAACGGGAACUGGCUGCUGACGGCGUCACGGGACCACCUCUGCAAACUGUUUGACAUCCGGAACCUGAAAGAAGAGCUGCAGGUGUUCAGAGGACAUAAGAAGGAGGCCACAGCUGUUGCUUGGCAUCCUGUCCACGAGGGUCUGUUUGCCAGUGGAGGUUCUGACGGAUCACUGCUGUUCUGGAACGUUGGUGUGGAGAAGGAGGUGGGGGGCAUGGAGAUGGCCCAUGAGGGGAUGAUCUGGAGUCUGGCCUGGCACCCGCUCGGUCACAUCUUGUGUUCUGGUUCCAAUGACCACACCAGUAAAUUCUGGACCAGGAAUCGACCUGGAGACAAGAUGAGGGAUCGUUACAACCUGAACCUGCUACCUGGCAUGUCAGAGGACGGUGUGGAGUACGACGAUGUAGAGCCAAACAGCAUGGCCUUGAUUCCAGGGAUGGGAAUCCCUGAGCAGCUGAAGGCCGCCAUGGAGCAGGAACAGAACAGUAAAGAAACACCUCCAGAGAUGGAGAUGUCCAUCCCUGGACUGGACUGGGGAAUGGACGAGGUGAUGGGCAAAGACGCCAAGAAGGUUCCCCAGAAGAAGGUCCCUUACGCCAAACCAAUCCCAGCUCAGUUCCAGCAGGCCUGGGCCGAGAACAAAGUUCCCAUGAUGCCUCAGUCUGGAGACCUGAACAAAGACAGAACCAUGGAUCUGAAGGGAGACAUGAAGAAGAAAACACAGGCUGAGCUGGAGCAGGAGAUGGCAGCGCUGCAGUACACCAACCCUCAGCUGCUGGAG